AUGGCCCAGCUGGCGACCAGAAGAAAGGAAAGUAACUAUGAGGAGAAAGCUCUAAGCCAGUGUGACUACACAGCAAGAGUUACUAGUCCCAUUAACAUUGCUACUAGCACAACAAGAGUUGCUAGUCCCAUUAACAUUGCUACUAGCACAGCAAGAGUUACUAGUCCCAUUAACAUUGCUACUAGCACAACAAGAGUUGCUAGUCCCAUUAACAUUGCUACUAGCACAGCAAGAGUUACUAGUCCCAUUAACAUUGCUACUAGCACAACAAGAGUUGCUAGUCCCAUUAACAUUGCUACUAGCACAACAAGAGUUACUAGUCCCAUUAACAUUGCUACUAGCACAACAAGAGUUACUAGUCCCAUUAACAUUGCUACUAGCACAACAAGAGUUGCUAGUCCCAUUAACAUUGCUACUAGCACAACAAGAGUUACUAGUCCCAUUAACAUUGCUACUAGCACAGCAAGAGUUGCUAGUCCCAUUAACAUUGCUACUAGCACAGCAAGAGUUACUAGUCCCAUUAACAUUGCUACUAGCACAGCAAGAGUUACUAGUCCCAUUAACAUUGCUACUAGCACAGCAAGAGUUACUAGUCCCACUAGUAUUGCUACUAGCACAACAAGAGUUACUAGUCCCAUUAACAUUGCUACUAGCACAGCAAGAGUUGCUAGUCCCAUUAACAUUGCUACUAGCACAACAAGAGUUACUAGUCCCAUUAACAUUGCUACUAGCACAGCAAGAGUUGCUAGUCCCAUUAACAUUGCUACUAGCACAACAAGAGUUACUAGUCCCAUUAACAUUGCUACUAGCACAGCAAGAGUUACUAGUCCCAUUAACAUUGCUACUAGCACAGCAAGAGUUACUAGUCCCAUUAACAUUGCUACUAGCACAGCAAGAGUUACUAGUCCCACUAGUAUUGCUACUAGCACAACAAGAGUUACUAGUCCCAUUAACAUUGCUACUAGCACAACAAGAGUUACUAGUCCCAUUAACAUUGCUACUAGCACAGCAAGAGUUGCUAGUCCCAUUAACAUUGCUACUAGCACAACAAGAGUUACUAGUCCCAUUAACAUUGCUACUAGCACAGCAAGAGUUGCUAGUCCCAUUAACAUUGCUACUAGCACAACAAGAGUUACUAGUCCCAUUAACAUUGCUACUAGCACAACAAGAGUUACUAGUCCCAUUAACAUUGCUACUAGCACAGCAAGAGUUGCUAGUCCCAUUAACAUUGCUACUAGCACAACAAGAGUUACUAGUCCCAUUAACAUUGCUACUAGCACAACAAGAGUUACUAGUCCCAUUAACAUUGCUACUAGCACAGCAAUAGUUGCUAGUCCCAUUAACAUUGCUACUAGCACAGCAAGAGUUGCUAGUCCCAUUAACAUUGCUACUAGCACAACAAGAGUUACUAGUCCCAUUAACAUUGCUACUAGCACAGCAAGAGUUGCUAGUCUCAUUAACAUUGCUACUAGCACAACAAGAGUUGCUAGUCUCAUUAGCAUUGCUACUAGCCCCAAUAAUGAUUUCUUACUUAAACAUAUGGAAGAAGAAAUCAAAUGGGAAGAGUUUCUUCACACGAAGCCUCCUCCAGUAGAACCUGCGCCUCUCUACCGCCAAGACAAUUAUCAAAUCACCGUAAAAAAAUCUAAAUAUUUAGCAUAUAUGGACAAGCUGGAUAAGGACUUCAGAAAAACAUUCCUGGAGUCAUCAGAGGCAAUGCAGCAGCAUUUGCUACAACUAUAUGAAGAGGUUGAGGAUGACGAAUUUUUCGAUGAAGACGAAACUAUCGAUGAUGACGAAAAUGAGGACAAUAGAACUGACGAUGACGAUGAAACUGAUGAUGACGAUGAAACUGAUGAUGACGAUGAAACUGCUCAAGACGAUGAAACUGAUGAAGAUGGCGAAACUCCCAAAGAAAGUUUCACAGACCAGAAGGAUGAAGACUAA